GAUGGCGUUUGGGGGAGAAAGUCUAAACGUGGGCGUUAUAGUUCUGUAUUUUUAAUCAGUGCAUACAUGUGCACAUAUAUGUCGUUUAAUAGAUCGUCAAUUAGUCUACAUUACAUUAGAUACAUUAGUCUGAGCGCAUUUUGACGCUUCUCGCGCUUGCUAGUUAGCCUAAGCUAGCUUGUCAGCUAGCUUAGCUUGUUAGCUGCUAACAAAGACGCGACACAUUCGUACAACUACGCGCGGAUUAAGAAGACAAAAUUAGUGAUCAAAACACAUCGCUAAGCAGAGAUCAAGUGUGAGUGUAAAGUGUUGUGAUUGUGUGAAAAUGUGCGAAAGAACGAUAGCAGAGUACGAGGAGGAACUUUGUCCAACAAAAGAGGAGAAGGAGCGACAACAUCAAAAACAUCAAGUUGUGUUACACAGAACAGGGUUGCGGGGGGUGCUGGAGCCUAUCUCAGCUGCAUUCAGGUGGAAGGCGGGGUACACCCUGGACAAGUCGCCACCUCAUCAUAGGGCCAACACAGAUAGACAGACAACAUUCACAUUCACACACUAGGGACCAUUUAGUGUUGCCAAUCAACCUAUCCCCAGGUGCAUGUCUUUGGAGGUGGGAGGAAGCCGGAGUACCCGGAGGGAACCCACGCAGUCAAAGGGAGAGCAUACAAACUCCACAAAGAAAGAUCCAGAGCCCGGGAUUAAACUCGGGACCUUCGUAUUGUGAGGCACAUGCACUAACCCCUGUUCCACCAUGCUGCCCUUUGGUAUAUGAAUGAUAAAAGUAGAAUUUCAAAACGGGUUACAAUACAUCCUAAUUUGGCAGCUGACAUAUGCAGUAACAUAUUGUGUAAUUUCUAAUUGUGUUAUUUUGUUGAAACAAUUAUUAUUAAUGUACUUGCUUAUUUACUGUUAAUAUCUGAUUACUUUAUUUGAGGAAAUAAUACUGGAAAUGAUGUAAUAUUUUACUGCAUAUUUCAGCAACUAAAUUAGGAGCCUGUGUAGCCUGUUUUAAAAUGGUUCUAUUAGUAAUUUUAUAUGAAAUAAUUUAUCGCAAAAUCAAUCUUAAACCAUAUCGUCUAUUCAUAGUAAAAAGUCCUGUCGUCCUGGUUUGUUUUUAUUUUCCUGUGAAUAAUGUUGUAAAGAGCAGCGUUUUUGUACGUCACUGAGAAUUCAAGAAAGUUCAUACGAGAACGUGUUUUUCCUAAGUGCAUGCAGACGUGACUGAGCAGAGCAGGAUGUUUCUAAAACGUGUUUGUCUUCUUGUGUCCUGCAAACGUCUGUGAAGAACAUCUUCUCCCUGAGCAACAGAAGUGGAGCUUCAGGAUGGAACCACAGCCCUCCAACAUUAAAAAGGAAGAGGAACACCCACUGAUCCCCCAUCUUAAAGAGGAAGAGAAUGACCCACUGACCACUCACAUCAAAGAGGAAGAGAAGGACCCACUGAUCCCCCAUUUCAAAAAGGAAGAGGAUUACCCACUGACACCCCAUUUUAAAAAGGAAGAGGAGUACCCAUUGACACCUCAUUUUAAAGAGGAACCAGUGGAUCCACUGAGCCCUCACAUUAAGGAGGAAGAGGAGGACCCACUGACCCCUCACAUUAAAGAGGAAGAGGAGGAUCCACUGACCCCUCACAUUAAAGAAGAAGAGGUGGACCCACUGACCCCUCACAUUAAAGAGGAAGAGGAGGAACACAGCAUCAGUCAGCAGGGAGAGCAUCUUGAAGGACUGGAGGAGGUUGAUGUCACCAAGAUGCCAGUGACUGGUGUCCCUGUGAAGAGUGAAGGUGAUGAGGUCAAAGGUGAAAGUGAGGAGAAUAAAGAGGCGGAGCUUCCAUGCAGCAGCUCAACUCAACACAUGACAACAGAAGCUGAUGGAGACCACUGUGGAGGAUCACAAGCAGACAAGCUCUUAGCUCCACUAUCAGAUAGUGAGGACACAACGUCACACUCUCCUGACACUGAUGAUGAACACUCUAAAGAUGAUAAGACAUGUCACACUGACAACACACACUUCACAUGUUCUCACUGUGACAAAACCUUUAGAUACCAUAGUGUUCUAAUAACACACGUGCGAAAACACACUGGAGAAAAACCUUUUUCCUGUUCAGAAUGUGGUAAAAGUUUUGUAAGAAAUGGAAAUUUGAAAUCACACAUGAGAAUACACACUGGAGAAAAACCUUUUUCCUGCUCAGAAUGUUGUAAAAGUUUUGUAACAAAUACAAAUUUAAAAGUACACAUGAGAACACACACUGGAAAAACAUAUUUUUCCUGCUCGGAAUGUGGUAAAACUUUUGUAAUUAAUCAAAAUUUAAAAGUACACAUGAGAAUACACACUGGAGAAAAACCUUUUUCAUGUUCAAUCUGCGGUAAAGAUUUUACUCAAAAGCAACAUUUCAAAGCACACAUGAGAACACACACUGGUGAAAAACAUUUUAUAUGUUCAGUAUGUGGUAAAAGUUAUAUAGAAAGACACCAAUUAAAAUUACACAUGAGAACGCACUCUGGUGAAAAACCAUACUCCUGUUCAAGCUGCAACAAAAGCUUAUGUCACCUAAAAUCUUUUAAAGCACACAUGAGAAAACACACAGGUAAGAAAGUGUUGAGUUGCAGUGUGUGUGGUGAAAGAUUCUCUUAUAAGUACCAGUGUAAGAAACACAAGUGUGCUGGUGAGAACAGCAGCAGCACAAUAUUGUAACACAAUCUUGUUAUAAUUCUUAUAGAUUAGACACUUCAGAUUAGUGCAUUUAUUUCAGACAAGUACAUGAGUUAAUAUACACAUUUGUGUACUUUAAAAUGAACAGAACAAUUUGACUGAAAAGGUGAGAAUAAACAGUACAUAAAAUAUGUUACAUACAAAAAACAUUUUAAGUGUAAAUAUUCAUAAUUCACUUUUAUACUUAUUCAUAGUAGUGUCUUAUAUACUGUAUGUUUUUUGAAAUAAUGAAGUGUUACAUAUUUUAUUUUCUAAUUGUAGAUGAUUCCAUAGAUGAACUCAUUUAUAUGAUGUACAUAUUUGUUUUACAUGUGUUCAUAACUUUGCUUUUGAGUACACAUAAAUCCCUCUUAGUUCAUAUUUACUGGUUCACAUCUGAAACAUCUUCUGGACCACUUCUGGAAGCAUAUUAUUAUUUACUUUAUACAUCAUUUGUCUUUUAUACAAGAUCAUUUACUUUUAAAAUGUGUGACUUUAUGAAUCAUU